AUGUUGCUCCCAAGGAUACGGGCACUGCCUACAGGCUCCUCGCCAGCCAUCUCUACCAUCGAGACCGCUCUGUCGGCUUUGCGCCUGUCAUCACCAGCAACCAGCACCACCAGCAUUGCUGUGCGCCAUGCCUCGCACAAGGCCCAGGGAGCCGCCAACUCUGCAAAGGACGGUGCGGGAAAGAGAUUGGGUGCUAAGAAGAGUGGAGUCGCAUACGCAGACUCAGCCAUACACUCAACACAAGACCCGCAACAAGAAAGAACCAGACAAAAGACUGACAACCCCUUGCACGCAGAACAAUACGUGAUCCCAGGCAACAUCAUCUUCCGCCAACGCGGCACAAAAUGGUUUCCCGGCGACAACUGCGGCAUGGGACGCGACCACACCAUCUACGCCACCCAACCCGGCUACGUAAAAUACUACAAAGACCCCUUGAAGCAUCCAAAGCGCCAGUACAUUGGUGUUGUAUUCGAGCGGAACCAGGUUUUGCCGCAACCACCCCAUGCAGUGCGUAGACGACGCCUAGGCAUGUUGGCUUACCAGAUGGAAACACCGACUCUUGAGACACAACUGCAGGGAGACUUGGUCACCGGUCAAGAAACAGGACUCCCAGGAAAUGCAGGUAUGGGUUCUGGUCAUCCAUCAACCAUCCGUGAAGCCCCCAAGGAGAACAGAGGAAAAGUGGUAGUCAAAGACAAGAUUACCGGCGAGGUGGUCAGAGCAACACCAACUCUAAGACCUGGAUACCAGUACCGCGCUGCCAACUGGGAGAUUGGAAGAGCUGCUGAGAGAGCCGGCAUCAGAGUUACGCCCUUCAAACCUGGAAACAGAUUCUUGGCUUGGAGAAAGGCGGCGGCGAGGAAGGCUAAGAAUGCUGAGAGGAGGGGUUUGACGAGAAGACGUUGA